UCUCCUCUCUCAGUUUAUUCCUACUUUCUGCAUGUUGCGGUCGCUUUGCUUCACUUCUUCACAGCUCAUCUGAUUUUAAUAAGGAAGGGACACAUUUUCGGAUCGUGUUAAAUAUUUGUGCAUUAAUACUUAAGAGCGUAAAGUGCAUCCACACUAUAAUUUAUCUCUUCUAUCAACACGGAUGUCCAGCUCCAAGGAGAGGAUAUGUAUCAGGGCAUAAUGACAACCAACCACGGACCCCCCUCCUAUGAGGCCGGAUUUCUCCACAACGCCUCGGCGGGCACCUCUCCGGUUUACGUGCCCACCACCCGGGUCGUCACCCCCAUGAUCCCGGCACUGCCUUACCUCCAGACCCCCGGCGCGUCGCAGCAGAGCAGCACCGUGUCGAGCCACUCUGCCUGGGCGCAGCCGUGCGCCGACUCAGUGCCCUCGUACAACCACUCCCCGGUGUCUCCGCGCUUCGCCUUCUCCACCAGCCCGCCUCUGUCCUCCGGGGUGGCCACGGCCCGGGACACGGCGGCUUCUUACAGCAGCCCGCUAAACAUCUCUGCCAACGGGAGGGAGCACUACGGCGCCCGGAGCCUCAGCGGGUCUUAUCACAGCCCCUACCCGGCCUACAUGAGCCCGAACGUGGGUGGGACGUGGCCGGCGUCUCCCUUUGACAGCCCGGUUCUCCAUGGUCUCCAAACCAGCGCUCCUCAUGGCACAACACGGCACCCAAACGACCUGUUUGAUGAUUUCAUUGAGGGGCGAGAGUGUGUGAACUGUGGGGCGAUGUCGACGCCCCUCUGGAGGCGGGAUGGUACGGGCCACUACCUGUGUAAUGCCUGCGGACUGUACCACAAGAUGAAUGGCAUCAACAGACCUCUAAUUAAACCUCAGAGACGGCUGUCUGCCUCGAGGAGGGUGGGCCUGUCCUGCUCCAACUGUCACACCACCCUCACCACCCUGUGGCGACGAAACGCAGAGGGAGAGCCGGUCUGCAAUGCCUGUGGCCUCUACAUGAAACUCCACGGGGUACCACGACCCCUGGCUAUGAAAAAGGAGGGCAUCCAGACCCGCAAACGCAAACCCAAGAACCUCAACAAGUCCCAAACUGGGACCCCAGGCAGUGAGGGGACUCCAGUCACGCCAAGCAGCACUCCCCGGGCCUCCACCACCACAGAAGAGCCUCGCCAGAUAAAGACGGAGCCGGACACUCACAGCUUGUACACACACCAAAGCGCACAUGCACAGAUUUCAACCCUGCCAGCCUACAUGGCAGCUCAAGGUGGAGCCAUUCCUCUAAAGAUGACCCCUGGCAGCCAUGGCGGAUCUUCCGGCUCCAAAGCGGAACCCUGGAACAACCUAAUCCUGGCCUAGAAGACCUACGACCCAGCAUCUCAAACCAACCUAUCUGUGGUGAUUAAACUCUCCUGAGAGACAGGAAGCAGACUGCUGCUCUGGAUGCAGAUGUUCCUGCAGCCUGAGCACCUUACAGUGCCUUCAGUGCAACACUCUGGGACACAUGUGAGGCAAAUGGAGAUCCUAAACAGAACUGAGCAGAUACUGUGCAUCAUUCAUUCACAGCAAUGAAGGACUGAAUGGAGUUUGAUCAGACUGUGAUCAGACACACGACUGUUCACCUUUUCCAGUGUGCCAGUGCAUGGGCGUUAAGUGACAAAUACUUUAACUUAAACCAGUAACAAAUAACAGUCAGACUUUAUCUCCCUGAUUUAUUUUUAUUUUGUUAUAUUUGUCUUCAUUUUCACAUUAUUACGAACAACAUGAUGGACACACAAAACACGUAAAAAAUCACAACAGCACACCUUAAUGUCAAAAGUAGCACAGGAGGAGUCGUAGCCAGUGCUCUUUAAGGGUUAGUUCACAUUGAUAAGAAAAACAGCAACUAUAUGUUCACACUCAUAAUGGUAUUUACUUGCAAAUGUGACAUCAAAGUGCAACAGAGGUAAAUGAAAAGUAUAUUUUAAAAACUCCAAAGCUCUGUCUCUUUACAGAACAAACAAUGUGCCGGUGACUUGAUAAUCCACAGAGCUCAACAUGGUCAGUUUUCUGUUUUUGAUGUGUUUGCUCAACCUGUUCUCACACCCCGAGGUCAUCAAAUACGGCAGCUUGGUCAGUGGCCCUCGACAGAUGCUAAAGGACACACGGUGCACCUCUUUGCAUCCAUAUGAGAUGAGAUGACUCCAGUGUAAUCCAAACUGCGGCAAUAUAAGACACUCGGAGCAACUCAUGCAGCAUAAAAGCGAGAACAUGUUUGUAUGGAUUAGGUUGGGGUGGAUGGGUGGGAAACACAAGACUUUCACCCAGGAGGCCGUUGUUUGUGUCCCGUGUGAAACCAAAAGUCAUUUCAAUCCUUUCCCAAACCUAACCAAGAAGUUGCGUUGCCUGAACCUAUGUUUCAAAUGAACACAGAAGUUUGCUUUGAAAAGACACUGUAUGUAUUUAACAAGCUGAAAGUGAAAAAAAACUGAUGCUAAAGGGGUACCAACCUGUUCUGAGUUCUUUGAAUACCAUUCUCGGAACCCAUCAGCUGUAUUCGGCGUCUGACUUCCGGCAGACGGCGAUACAGCCUCUGG